ACCGUUGUCUCCAUUAUGGGUCCUGUUGCUAGUGGGAAGAGUACGCUAUUAAAUCAUUUAUUUGGCACCAACUUUAGGGAGAUGGAUGCUUCAAAAGGAAGGUCCCAAACCACCGAAGGUAUAUGGUUGGCGAAAGGUGCUGGCAAUAAGCUGUGUACUCUGGUUAUGGACUUGGAGGGAACUGAUGGAAUAAAAAGAGGAGAGGACGAUACUACUUUUAAAAAGCAGAGUGCUCUUUUCGCUUUGGCUGUCUCUGAUAUAGUGCUCAUUAACAUGUGGUGUCGUCAUAUUGGCUGUGAACAAGCUGCCAACAGGCCUCUUCUGAAAACCGUAUUCCCGGUCAUGAUGCGAUUGUUCAGCCCUCAGAAAACAACUCUGUUGUUUGUCAUACGGAUAAAACAAGGGUCGAUGCCUCUGGAAUAUCUAGAACCUUUCUUGAGAGAAGAUGUGCAAAAGAUAUGGGACAAUGUUCCUAAGCCACAAGCACACAAGGAAACUCCUCUCAGUGAAUUUUUUAAUGUUGAGGUUGUUGCUCUGUCUAGUUAUGAAAAGAAGGAAGAGCAAUUUAAAGAGGAGGUAGCCAUCCUUAGACAGAGGUUCUUUCAUUCUAUUGCACCUGGCGAGCUCACCGGAUAUCAAAGGGGAAUAGUCCCUGCUUUAGGAUUUUCUUUUAAUGCUCAGCAGAUGUGGAAGGUCAUCAAGGAGAAUAAGGACCUUCGCUUGCCUGCACACAAGGUCAUAGUUGCUACCGAACGAUGUGAAAGAAUUGCCGAUGAAAAUAUUCCAGUCUUACUGAAAAUGAGCUCUUCUAAACAGGAUUGGCAUUUGAUUGAAGAGGCUGCACGGUCAGGACCAGUUCCUGGUUUUGGAAAGAAACUUAGUUCAAUUAUUGAGGCUUGUUUAUCAGGGUAUGAAUCAGAGGCUGUAUAUUUUGACAAGAAUGUUAGAUCUUCAAAACGGAAGCAGCUUGAAGAAAAAUCACUUCAACUUGUACAACCAGCUUUCCAAUCUGUUCUUGGACAUAUUCAGUGUGGAACUCUAGAUAAGUUCAAGGAAGCAUUUGAUAAGGCUUUGAAUGGAGGAGAAGGGUUUUCUGCGGCUGCUUAUGACUCCACUCAGUUUUAUAUGGCUCUAUUUGACAAAAGAUGUGCAGAUGCCGUAAUUGAACAAACCCAAUGGGAUACAUCUGGAGUACGGGAGAAGCUGCGGCGUGGCAUUGAUGCCCAUGUUGCCUCAGUCCUUGCUGCCAAGCUCUCUGAGCUUACAGAAGAAUAUAAGGAAAGACUUGAUGGAGCAUUAUCUGUACCAGUGCGAGCUCUUUUGGCUCAAGCUAAUAGUGAAACCUGGUCAGCUAUCAGGAAACUUCUUUCGUGGGAGAUCAAAUCGGCAGUGAGUCAGUUCUCUGGUGCCCUUUCCGGUUUCGACAUGGAUAAACAGAGCAAGGAAAAAUUGCUCACGGGUAUCAAAGAUCAUGCAAGGGGCAUGGUUGAAGCGGAAGCAAGGCGAAAAGCUCGACAUGUCCUCUUAUACAUGAAGGACCGGUUUGUAACAUUGUUCAGCAAUGAUGCUCACCUUAUGCGAAGAGUUUGGACAGGGAAGGAAAAUAUUCGAGCAAUCACACAACUUGCUCGUUCAGCAUCAUUAAAGGUGCUGUCUGUAAUGGCGGCAGUGCGUUUGGAUGAUGAGAGAGAUAAUAUCGAGAGAACUUUGUCCGCUGCUUUGCUGGACACAAAGCCUAAUGCCUCUGUCAGGAGCAUUGCAACAGAUCCCUUGAUUUUCGGCACAUGGGAAGCUGCUUUGCUGGACACAAAGCCUAAUGCCACUGUCAGGAGCAUUGCAACAGAUCCCUUGAUUUUCGGCACAUGGGAAGAGAUUCCUCCAUCAGAAACACUGAUCGCACCAUAUCAGUGCAAAUCAUUGUGGAGACAAUUUGAGGCGGAGACUGCGUACACCAUCACUAGAGCAAUUUCUGCAAAGGCACGAUACCUAUAUCGUAAAAGAUGUUUAGUAGUAUAAACGCCAUUAUUAUUAUUAUUUUUAAAAUGCCAUGUCAUCAUCCCUCCACCCCAACACACACUAACAGGACAAAAAAGGAGAGACGGCUCUAUUGAAUCCAAUGCACUAGAUUUUUCCAUAAGAAUGGAUAUUCAAGAUCAAUUCUAAGCACCACUCCACA